UCAUAGGUCAUUGAAUAAGGGGAGCUGCUCCUCCAGUUUGGCUCGUGAAGAUGACAACACUAAUUCGCACCAGCGCUUGACACAGUUUGACGUUGCACGUGUGGUGUUAGUUGAUCCACAUUUACAGAGGAACCAAGAUGCAUAGUUUAUUUUAGUGUAGGCUGACUCAGGGAAGUGCGAGUGAUCUGCUCGUGCCGCGGAGGGACUAUGGACUGUCGGGUCAUCGCGCUCGCGCUGGUGCUGUGCCUGGGAUGCUUGAUUGCACGGGCACUGGAGGGACCAUUUGAACCCGAGACCCCAGACUGGCGAGAGACUUUAAAGACCAUCCGGAACGGCAUCCACAAGAUAGACACGUAUCUUAACUACGCUUUGGACUUAGUCGGGGGCUCUGACGGACUGUGCCGUUAUAAAUGCAGCGAUGGAUACAAACCAAUUCCUCGACCUGAUUACAAACCAUCACCACCAAAUGGAUGCGGCUCUCCCUUGUUUGGAUUUAAGUUUGAUAUUGGAAUACCGUCUAUGACUAAGUGCUGUAACCAGCACGACCGUUGCUAUGAUACAUGUGGACGGGAAAAGCAUGACUGUGAUGAUGAGUUCCAGAUGUGCUUGGAGACCAUCUGUAGGAAUGUGCAAGUGACACUGGGGCUUGUCCGGGGUGCUCAAGCCUGUGACUCAGCGGUGACUUUGCUUUUUGACGCUGUCAUGCACCUGGGCUGCAAACCCUACCUGGACAGCCAGAGAGCAUCAUGUAUGUGUCUCUAUGAGGAAAAGGCUGACCUCUGAAACGCUGUAGCUGCACACAUUCCUGCAGAGGCGUCAAGCACCAGACUGCAGCUGUGCGUGGUUUAAGGCAGAGAUCUUUAACGCUGUACCUCAGAUCUAACCUCCAGUCCUGGAUUUUAUAAUCACUGCUAAAUAAGUUAUUACAUGGAACAUAAGUAAUCAAAUCCCAGGUCUCCACGAUUCGUUGGUAUUUACAAAAAUCUAGGACUGGAAAUUGGAUUUGAGAUCCAAAGUUCAAGACCUCUAGAUUAGUGUGUUCCCUGUUUGAACUUACCUGUUUCCACUCAUUUGCUCAAGUUCCUCAGGUAUAAAUCGGAUAUGUUAAUGGUAGAUUUAGCAAUACUGUGGCUCUUUUCAAAUACUCUACAGGUCUGUUGUUGGUCUAAAUUGAACACUGAUUGUAAAAUGGAGUUUUUCCUAUGUAAAAUCCACACCUCUUUCAUUUGGGCAGAAGUUCAUAUGUACUGACAACUGGUCUCGGUGUGUCUUAGGAAUGAGUUGAUUAUGCUGCUGUUUUGCACUUUUACUCAGCUUUCUUUAAAAAAUAUUUUUAUGUUGUAUCAAGGGUUCUCAGUCUAUCAGACUGAACUUGCAACUGUUUUAUUCACCUUAAAGUAAUUUAAAAACGUCUUUGUACUUCAUGUGUAGACUAAUGGUAUGAAAAGAUCCAGUAAUUAAGCAACUGAUGUGAGAGAUUACAAUAAAGCUCAAUAAAAAAAUUUGCUCACUGCUGA